AUUUCGGACGAGCAGAAGUGUGUUCAUUGAAUCAUCUGAUGCUUAAUGAAAAUUGAGUGAGAGCCAUGCAUUGUAAUUAUUUCAAAUGGUUGGAUAAUUAUUUAAUUUGAACCCGAAUAAAAUGCGUUCGCUAUAAAUCACAAGCAAAAGAAUCAGCGACCGGAAUGGCUUCAAACCAUCCAGAAAAUUUAGAAGGUACAAAAUCACCGCCUUUUACGCCAGUGGAAACAGUUCCCCCAAAAAAUAGUCUCCAGGCGGAACCUUCAGGAUCAAGAUCAAAUCAAGAAAGUAAAAAUUCAGAAACAUCGCAAUCACUUACAGCGCCUACAACACCGAAAGCAGAUACAUCAGAAACUCAGAACUUAAGUUUAGGGUCGUUUUAUAAGAAGCCAUUUGUUUAUGGAGAAAUUGACUUUAAGCGCAAUAGACCGAGCAAAGGCACAUGCCUUGUUACGGGUGGAACAAACACUGGCAUUACAAAACUAGUUGGAAAAUGCGUUCGUGGCUACAACAAAACCGUAAGAGGCAAAACUGACACAUGUUUAGCUAUCGGAAUUAUCAUCUUGGGUCACAAACAGAAUACGGACUUGUUUAUGGAACAAAAAAGGUUUGGUAUUGACAACGACGGGACCAUAUUUCUAGCGGACAUUAGAGGCAAAAGGUGGACUUUUAAUCCAGCAAUACUGCCUAAAUAUUGUAUUACAACUACAACGAAUGUCCCGAAAUGUGAAGAAAAAAACAAUAUUGUUACGGAUGUUCCGUGGUCAUUUCAAUUUCAAGAGGGUGACAUCGUUAAGAUCGAAAAGAUAAGCAGCAACCAAACGACGCCGCAGAACCUAAAAGGAAUAAUGAUUGAACAGACACUUGGUAAAAUUGGAACUGUAAUCACGGUGGAAAAAAACCUUGAUCUCCAGAUUCGAGUAUGCGGGGCUGAAUGGCAUUACCAACCACAUGAUGUUACAUUACUGUCUCCAGAGGAAUUGAAUCGUCAAUUGAAAGAAUGGUUGGAGAAUCACGAGCAUAGGCAGAACCAAUUGGUGAAUUUCGUUAUGUCAGGAGAUGCAAACGGAAUGAAAGACCAACUGCAGAAAGCUUUACGGAGCCAGACACCUACUCGAGUCGGCAUUGACUACAAUGGUGAUUUAUAUAUUAAUGAUGGGGAAGGAAAAAGGAAAAUUAUCCAACUAGAUGAAUGGAAAGACGUCAAUGCAAGUGAUGUUUAUUACAUAAAAGAAAUAACCACCAAAGCGGGUAGUUCAGAUGAUCAGCGCUUCGCUGUUGGUGAUCUGGUUCAAAUAUGCAAUCACAGUGCGAAGCAUAAGAACAAGCAAAACAUUGAUAGGCGGAUUCACUUUGAUAGGACAUACAGAAAAAUUGGCAUGGUACUUCAAGUGGAUGAAAACGACCUGCAGAUAGACGUGUGUGGUUCUGUUCAAUGUUAUAAAUCACAAGAUGUUGCUAAAGUGUCUUUAAAUUCGCUUACGAGCCUCUUGAAGAAGUGGUUUAUAAAUCACAUGCCUAUAGAUACGAAGGAUGAUAUGGUGAAAGCCGUCGACGAUGAAAAUGUCGACGAAGUGCGGAAGCUACUUGGGCGUGUCAAGAAGGAUAAAGACAUAUUCGGCGUUGACACAGAAGGGUUCUUGUUUGUCGUGGAUAUCGAUGGCAAAAGGACUUUAAAUGUGGUUGGUGGUUCCAUCUCGCCGCCUUUUGUUGAAGGCGACAUCGUUAUGAUCUGCAGCAACAAACGUACACUGAAGGAUCUGCAAAAUGGACAGUGGCGAAAAGGCAUGGGGCGGACAACUGGAAAAAUUGGCACAGUACUGGAGGUUCACAACAAUAUUGAAAUGCGGAUUAAAGUAUGUGGUGUUGAAUGGUGGUACAGACCACAGGUCGUUGGGCUGGUGUCUCUAGAGCGUUUGACUUGCAAGCUGAAGGCGAUGGUAAAAAGUGACAUGCCUGAAACUGACAAAUUGCUAAAUGCCGUGAUGUCAGGCGAUGCCAGACGUGUAGGUAGAGAACUGAGCAGUUAUCUUAAGGCUCAAGUUGUGUUUGGUCUCGAUGAAGGUGUCAUAUUUGGUAUUGAUGUCAGGGGACAAAGGCACAAUAUCGAUGUAGCUGGAAUUCUCGUUAAUCCUAUCUACGAAAAGGGAGACUUGGUGCAGAUCGGCGACGAUCCAACUAAGCUGGAGAACCUACAAGGCAAACUAUGGCAGGAUGAAAUGAAGAAGACAGUCGAUAAAGUUGGUUUAGUUGAAGAUGUUGACACAAACAAUGACCUGCAAAUCAAAGGAUGGCAAUGGAAGUACAGGCCAUAUGCUGUUAAAAAAGUGUCUCUCGAUGCGUUGACAAAGCAGAUUAAGAAGUGGGUUGAGACGCACAUGCUUGGAAAUGAAAACGACGAAAUGCGAACAGCUGUCAUGACCGAAAAUGUUACACAAGUGAGGAAACUACUGGGCAGUGCUGAACAUAAUCAAGGGCUGUUCGGCAUUGACGAAGAAGGAUCAUUAUUUGUCACGGAUAUCAACGCAAAAAGGAGGACGCUUAUUGUUGCGGAUGAUUCGAUUCAUCCAACAUUUACCAAAGAUGACAUCGUACAGAUUUGCAAGAAACCCUACGCAAUUGCCACAGUAGUAAAAGAUGACAAUAAAGAUGAGCUGUCGAUAAAAGUGUGCGGUGUUGAAAAGACCUUCAAGCGAAAAGAUGUUCAUUUAGUGCCUCUCAAGCGAAUGACUAACGAGUUAAAAAUGUGGUUUGAGAUGUACAAACCUCAAACUUUGAAGGACGCGAUGACGGAAGCCAUUCAGUUAGAAAACGCCUCCGAAGUGGGUGAACUAUUGAGGAAAAGCAUACAUAUUAAGGAAGAGAACGACCAGCAAGAGUGUGGUAUCGACAAAGACGGUUCCUUGUUUAUAAAGGAUAUCAAUGGCAAAAGAAGGACGUUCACUCUUACUGGUGGUUCAAUUUCUCCAACAUUUUUUAAAGAUGACAUCAUUUUAAUACGCAGUGAAGCUAAGGAAAUUGAACACAAUGGAAUUUGGAAAGAAAAUGAGAAACAGACACUUGGUAAAAUUGGUACAAUAGUGGAAGAGCCAACAGAAAGUGAAAUGACAAUCAAAGUGGGCGCAGAUAAGUUCCUUUACUGUCGAACAGAUGUUACUUUAGUAUCCAUCGUGCACCUGACUGAAAACUUUAAGGAGUGGUUAGAGGAUAACUGGCCACAACUUGAAAAGAAACCGCUUGGACAAGUAGUGAAGUAUGGCAAUGUGAAAGGAGUCAGUGAUGCACUGACUUGUGAUCAAAAGGACCGGAAAAAUGGAGUGUUCGGUAUUGAUGACGACGGCGAGGUCUAUGUAACUGAUAUCAGCAAUGAAAGGCACUUACUCAACAAAGCUGAACAUAAUAACAACGACACUUCAAAACGUUCCCUGUCCAUGGAGACUUUCCGGUUUAAUGCUGACGAAAUCAGCAGCACACAGCAGAUUGGUAAAGAUGACCUGGUGCGUAUCUCUAACGACCAGUCGUUGAUUGUGGUACUGCAGGACAAUAGUGAUGAUGUAGAAACGACGAAGAUACUCGGUAAAUUUGGGAAAGUGCUGAGCGUGAAAGAUGAAAAUGCACUCGUGAUCAAAGCGUGUGGUCUGACUUUGCACUGCAGUAAAACUUCAGUUGUUAAAGUUUCUCUUAAGAGAUUGACUAACAGGUUAAAACUGUGGUUUGUGGCUAACUGGCCUGAACUUGAUGAUUUUGGAACUGCUGUUGUGUCAAAACAGUACAAAAAAGUGGGUGAAUUACUGAAAAAGGAAUUUAAGUCGCAAGACAGUCCUCUCAGAGGUUACAAACGAUAUCAAGAUACCAAAGGUUCUGAACGCCAGCUCGACCGAAACCACGAUCGUUUCAUACUAGUGGACGAGACAGUUAUUAAAAGUUUUGGUAGCGAUAUGAAGUUUCGAGCCUGAACUACAUAAUAAAAUAGCAUAUGAAAUGUCUACAGCUAGAGUGAAAUAUCACAUGGAGCCAAUGAUGAACGAGUCCCCGAAUGGCCAGACGUUACAAACAAACGAGUCGACCCAUAAGAAAACAAACAAGUUAGAGGCGCAAUUGAACCAGGAUGCGUCUACUGUGGAUACCGAUUGAAACUAUUAAGAAUAAUAAAGCUGAAACAGAUUUGCCUUGACCAUAGCUUCAGAUUCUUCGUACAAAAUACCAGUCAUCAACAUUGCUGCAAACUGUAGUGAAGAGACUUUGGCGUUAGUUAAACGAGUAGCAGAAAAUUACACUACCACGCUGAUUGUGAACUUUUCAG